AUCGUGAGCAUUUUUAAAACGGACUCGAGGCUCAAAAUGAAUAAGAAGAAUAGUGAAAAAAUUCAGCCCCGGUGUCAAAAAUAAGAAGAUAAUUUAAUUUUGCAUGAGAAAGAGCAAAUUAAGAUAUCAAUAUCAGGAUUUUAGUGUGGAAAGAUGGAAUAGGGAGGAAAGUAUCGAGGCGCGGCGAGAUUUUCCGAAUCCGGCCCUAAAGCACGCAACUACCGAUGCGCCAUGCAACCUGCAACCGUUUAACGCUCAUACAGUUGAUCGACGGGUCGACGAUUCACUACAAUAUAAACUAUAAAGCGCAAAGAUUUGCUUUUAUGAUCUUGUGUUGUGUGCGUACCGGGAGCUGGAAGAGUAAAUGUGUGUAAUGUUAAUAUUUUAAUAACUAUCCCCUCGUGUUACAAUAAGUUAUCAGAGAUAAGUAACGAACUUGAUGCGGCACUAAUCACGUAGGAAAGCUCGGUACAUGGUAUGAUUUUAGAGGUUAAUAAUUUGACAGUUAUAGUAUUAUUUGACUGAUUUUGAUGGAGCAAGAAGCCAGGCGCAAGGGACCAAGAAGUCCCAGCGAAGAAUCCGAUGGUUUAAGAAGACGAUCGAAGAAGUACGAAAGAUCACCAUCUCCAAGACGACGAUAUAGAAGAUCGAGAUCUCGUUCAAGCUCCAGAGAGAGAAAUUCAAGAAGAAAAGAUGCUUCUAGAGAGCACGAAUGGAAAACCAAUAUGCAAACCGUUAACAAAGCAUCUAAUCCACCCAAUUCAACAGCUUAUCCACAGCCAGUUCUCAAUCAAUAUAACGCUCCUCCACCACCAAAUACUAGUCAACCACCACCUCCGAUUCAAUACACGCAAGGCUAUGGGAACUACAAUUAUAACUAUGGUCAAAGCUAUGCAGACUACAGAGGAUAUCCACAGGCAGCUAGCUACCGAAACGAUUAUCCGCCGGCGAAUUGGCAAGGAAAUGUCCCAUAUAACAGCCAACAACAAGCAGUGGCGGCUGCGGCCGCGGCGGCAGCCGCAGCCGCCGCGGCCGCUACUAUGCCCCCGGGCAGUCGUGGUGAGAAACCCCAACAACGCGUUGUCGAUCCUGCCGCGCAGGCCGCCCUAAUGGCAGCCGUCAGCAGCAGGCCGGAGGAAGCCAAGAAAGAAGCCAUCGCAGCUGAAUUGAAGCAGCAAAAGGCGACACUGGCGAAGCAACGCGAGGAAUAUGUCAAGAAAUCAUCGACACUGCAACGGGAAUUAGAAAUUCUACGAAAACAAUGUGAAGAAAUCGGCAAAGAUGGGGGAAGAGAAAAUAAUCGUAUUAUCAAAGAAAACCAGAAGUUACAGGUCGAAGUACAAAAUAAAAUGAAAUCCAUACAUAAUGUAAUUGAUAUGCUAACUGAUAUUAUUGGUGACAAAGUAACUGUUGAAGAUUUGAAACUAAAGUACAAACCAGAAAUGAUUAAACGCUCGAAAAGUCCGAAGGAGGACUUUUCUGCUAGUAAAGCAUCAAUGAAUUCCUCAAACUCAGACAACAGAGAUGAAGAAUUGAAACCUACGUACAACUUCGUACAUUAUGAUCCAGAAAUGCAUUGGUGCAAAACUUGUGACAUCUUUCCGAAAACUGCUAAAGAAUACUUAAAUCAUCUUCAUAGCAAUGAACAUAAAGAAAUAUGUUUGGAACGUAAAAUAGUCGACAUGCCUUGGCACGACAGCAAGCUCGAGGGAACUGAGAAGGAUGUACCAUAUUAUCCAGGACUACGGACAAAAAGAACACCAAUUAAAGGUCUUCAGUUCUUCAGUCCUUCGACAGCUUGGUAUUGUAAGCUGUGUAAUGUCUGGAUUGGGGAUCUUCAUUGUGCCAGUUUGCACUUGAAGUCCCGGCGGCAUUCUGAGAAUUACAGCCGUUUUGUGGAGCAAAAUCCACAUUGGGAAACUGAUUGGAUGGCCGACCGUGAAAAGGCAUUUUCUGACGAAAAGCACAAACAGAUUCAACUAGAGAUUCAAAAGCAGAAAGAAGAUGGUUCAACGUCUAAAUCAAAAAAGUCAAAGAAAGCAAAAAAAAAUAAGAAAAAGACGAAAAAACGCAAAACAAAAAGUAGCAACUCGGAUACAUCGAGCGACUCGGACAGUAAUGACUCUGGCAGUAAUAAUGGAAUUACCAGUGAAGAUGCUUCCAGAAGUAUUCGUGUUGCCAUGAGGAAUAAGAUGAAAGGCUCAUCUAUCCAUGAUGAUGACAGUUAUGGUAAUGAUGAGUCAGCGGAUGACAGACAAAUUAUGAACUCUCUACGUGAAAAAAUGAAGGUUAAACAAGAUAUGGAUAACAACCAAUUGCAGCAGCAGAUGGUUAGGGAUAUGAAAACAGAUGGUUACAACAAUGCCGAGGCAGAGCUUCAAGCAUGGGGUCCCAAGGAACCUCCAAAAACCUUCUGGCUCAAAAAGGAAGAAGAAAACAAGAUCAUGAUUCAAAAUCCUCCACCUGUAACAAAACCGGAGGAUAUGCCUAAGCCUCAUAUGGGCUUUUGGACGAAGCAGCAGGUUAACAUGUCCAUGAAACCAGUCGAAAAAGAAAAGGACAGGGACAGAGAUGACGACAGGGACAGGGAUAGGGAUAGGGAUAGAUAUGUCAAGGAGGAGAGGCGGGAGAGCUACGGCAAUAAGUGGGAUAGAAGGGAUGACAAGUACGAGAGAGGAUAUAGGGAUGACAGAUACGAUAGGCGAAGAAGCGGUCGCGAUAGAGAUCGAGAAAGAGACUACUAUGAAAGUAGAAGACGCCGAGAUUCCAACGACUCUCCGCGUCACGAUCGUAACCGCGAAUACAGCCCAAAGCGUAGUUAUGAUAAGUAUAAACGUGACGAUGAAUCAAAUGAUGAAUCUAAGUACGAUAAAAAAAGCGGAGAGUCAAAUAAUAAAUCGAAGAAAGGGAGCAGCGGACAUCAAAGCCAAAAGAAAUCCCAGUCAAAUGUUAUGAAAGGCAAACUACCUUUUAUAGGGCGUUUACCACUUUUUAAAAAAAAGGAUGAUCCUAAAUUACCCGAAAAAGAAGUAACUGCACUUCCAUAUACUCAGAGCAAAUUUGAAGACACUCCAAAGGUUCCUAGUGAGAUUAUCAAUCCACCAGGCGUUGUUCAUGUACCGAAACUUGCCACGCCAGUUGCACUACCCAAUAAUACAGUGUCGAUCAAAGCCCAGCAAAUGAAAAUCCUUGUGGCACCACCUCCGCCUACGCUCAAUGAUAAACCGGGUAAUAAUAUUCCUGGCGAGGUCGUAGACAUGGAGAUCGAGGAUCAAUUAGAGGAGGCAGUAAUUGAGCAAAAUGUGGAAGAAUCGAAGGAAGAUGUAUCUAAACCCCCGCCUUCUAUUCCUAAUACUAGUAUGCCACCUCCAGGGUACCCAGUGAAAAAGCCAGAAGCGACGCCAACACCAUUUACGCACCAAGGGCCGCCGCCACCCUUUGUCACUAAUACAUUCAUACAUCCGCCAACUCAGCCACCGGUAGCGCCAAUACCGUAUAUGCAUCAGAUGCAGAUACCACCCCCAGGUAUUUAUGCAAAUCCACCACCACCAUUGCCGCCUACAACGGAGAUACCGGGUGUCCCAGUCGCUGAUGUGACCGAGAUCCCCGAGCCUGUGGAAAAACGAGCGGACGGGGUUCCCUUACCCGAGGAUCUCCAAGAGGCCUUGAAUAUUAUCUUUCCAAAGGACGAAGUGAACGAUGAUGCCAAUCAUUCUCACGGCCAUGAGAAUACGAUAAUGUAUGGCUCGAUGUAUAGUAUGCUUGGUUGUAUGGGAUACGGACCUGACUACAUGGACCAACCGCCGCCUGAGAUCACGCAACAGGAACCUGAACUCGAGACGGCCCCGGGGCCCGACGAUCUAAAAAUGCUGGGUAUCGACGAGGGUGAUACGAUUCUUUAGACACGCGUACGGAACGGCGGGACAGUGUUUCGCAUUUUACGUAAAAUACAUGGUGUAUGUAAUUUGUAUUUUCAUGUUCCAACGAAUAAUCCUCAAAAAUACGAUUGAUUUCAAUUCAUUUGAUCAUCCGUCUUUUGCUCUCAACUGUUAUUUUUUUCAUUUUAAUUUGUACAGUUUGAGAAACGUGAAGUCCGCUUUUUUAUUUUAUUUUAUUUUUUUUUGUUUUGUACACUAUUCAAAGUAUUUUUAGAUAUAAUCGGUCAAUAGUGAUUACAAUUAAUAAUGAAAGAGUAUUCUUGUGAACAAUUAAAUCGAGACAUUGACGAAGAGAAAUAGUGUUCGAAAAGAAAUAAUUCGUGUUGAAACAAUUCCAAUAAUUUAUUGAACGAGCGAAAUC